GGGAACACGGGAUAUUUGUGUUUCAACAACAAACAAAGAUGCGCCAUUUUAAGGUUUUGAGUUUGUAUAUUCUUCUAUUCUCUGGUUUUCCUAGAACUUCAGGACGGUGGAAGCGGGAUACACAAGUUAACCCUGGAGGAUUUGAACCUAUUCCUAUAGAGCAGGUUCAAGAACACUUCCAAGAGCAGAGAACUGAAGAUGGAUCGUUGAAGCAAGCCAAUGGAAAACUUUUCUCAGAUGAAAUACGUCUUCGCUCUCCUUCUCUUUUCCCAGAUGAAAUUAACACUAAAACAUCACCUGAAGACGAACAACUGGUUACAGCUGUAGCUCAAGCAAGAAACCGAUUUCAGAGCGCAAGGGCCGAUCAGCUGACGAAUCCUUUUAUCCAAUCACAGUUCCCGGCAACAGAUUUUGGCGGGUUUUCCAAACCCCCUGCACUCGAAUUUGAGCCAGAAUUUCCAUCUUCCCAGGGCUCUCCUGAAACUCCAAGACAGUUCAGAUUUCCAAAUCCAGAGGAAGAACAGUCCAAUAGAGCCUCGCUGCCAGUGAUGCCAUUUCCAGAGGAAUCUCUCCGGCUCUCAACACUUGCUCCAAGACUGUUUUCUGAUCAAUCCCCUGUAGCUGCUCCGGAACCGGUUCAAGGCAAUCUCUUUCUUCAAAACAAAGAUCAGACGAAUAGUAAUCAAGAGUCUGAAUUUCUCAGAUUUCAACAAGAGCAAUCUUUUCAACAAGAAGCUCUCCAGCCAAAUCAACAAGAGUCUCUUCCACAAGAGGAGCAGUUAAGACAACAAGUGCAGUUUUUCGAGGAAUCUAAAACUGAAGAACGUCCUGUUCUGGGUAUAUUUGAUCAGCUUAGGCUUCAGUUAGAAUCAAGACUCAGUGCUGAAGGAGAACAAGGAUUGCUGUUAACUACUCCUCUACCUAACAUUGAUCCUACCUUCUUCAACACCAGGGUUCAGAGUACAGCUGAAGUACCAAAUAUCAUUCAGAAUCCUAGUCUUCCAGGAGGUGGAGGAAGAGGGUUAUUUGACAAUAUUGUAAACAAGAUAAACCAGGGCCAUAGAGAGAAUGCUCGGAGAAAGCAGCAAGGACUUCCUGAGCAAGAGACAUUGAGUGACUCCCAACAAAUUCAGGGGCUACUGGGGAAUCCACAACCGUUCCAGCAGCAGCCAGUGACUCCAUCACCGUUUCAGCAGCAACCAAUGACUCCACAACCAUUCCAGCAGCAACCAGUGACUCCAUCACCGUUCCAGGAGCAACCAGUUACUCCACAACAGUUCCAGCAGCAGCCAGUGACUCCAUCAUCGUUCCAGCAGCAACCAGUGGCUCCACAACAGUUCCAGCAGCAACCGGUGACUCUACAACCAUUCCAGCAGCAACCAGUGACUCCACAACAGUUCCAGCAGCAACCGGUGACUCCACAACCAUUCCUGCAGCAGCCAGUGACUCAAUCACCGUUUCAGCCACAGCCAGCAACCCCGCAACUGUUCCAGCAGCAACCGGUGACUUCACAAAACACAAUAUCUUCAGACUUCCUUAAAAUUUCUCCAGAAGUCCCUGAAAGGCCUCAAGAACGGCUCAGAGAUUUCUUGUUGGAACGACAAAGGGCUCAGGAGCAAGAUAUACUAAGGGCAGAACAAGAGGCGGCCAUUGUUGAACAGAAACAGGAAGAUGAGAGAAGAAAGAAAGAAGAAGAAGAGAGAAGACUGAUCUUAGAAGAAGAAAAGAAAAAGGAAGAUAAGGAAAAUAAAAGAAUUCUGGAAGAACAGGAAAAAAAGAAGGAAGAAGAAAAAUUGACAAAAUUGAAAAAUCUAGAGGAAGAAAGGAGGAGAAGUGAUGAACUUUUAAAGAAACGAAUUCAGGAGGAGCAGGAUAGAAGAUUGGCGAGAGAAGAAGAAGAAAGAAGAAUAAUGGAAGAAAGAGAAAGACAGAUUCUUUUAGAACAGGCAGCAGUAGAAGAAAAUAGAAAGCGAGAAGAAGAAGAAAGAAGAUUAAGGGAAGGAGAACAAGCAGCAGUUGAAGAAGAAAAGAGAAAGAACGAAGAGGUGGAAAAAGCAAAGAAAGAAGAGGAUAUAAGAGUUGAAGAGGAAAAAACUGAGGGUUUAGAUAAUCCUGAAAUAUUGGCUGAUUCACCACAGGUCGUAUUUAGACAAGCAGCUCAAGCUAUUAGUUUGAAAAAAGAGCGCGGAGAAGAAAAAUCUAGCCCAGCAGUGUGGGCAGCAGUCAAAUCUCUUUCAGAAUUUCUUGAUGCCCAGUCUACGUUUGAAACUGUUCCUAGGCCAGUAGUAAUGGCGAUUAUACAGUUAACUAGAUUCUUGGAGAAGGAGACACCUCAGGAAGAAGAAAAGGUUUCCAGCGAUAUCACGUCAACACGUAGUCCUCAAAUCAAAUCUGGGCACAGAAUUAGCCAUAGAUUCAGACAGAGCAUUAGAGGAAAUCUACCGAGAAACAGAAGUUCAUCAACAAAUACAGUUAUUAGAGUAGCUCCAGAAACAGCUUCUUCCGAUGAAACAGCAGCAAAAUCAGAUACAGCUGCUGCUAGCAAUGGAGCAGAACCUAAAAAGCUCUCUGAUUUAUUUAAAAAUACCAGACGGCAAAGGCCUCGGUUUCGAGGCCAGGGAGAGCAAAAUAGAUCAUCUGGAAGAUCUGAAAAGAAACUUCAAGAAAUCCAAAAUAUACAAAAUAUCCAAGAUGGACAAGAUGGACAAGAUGGACAAGAUAAACAAGAUGGACAAGAUGGACAAGAUUUAAAAGAUAUCCAUGAGAAACUAAAGUUGCAGACCAGCAUAUUUAAUAAAGAGCUUAUGAACAGAGGCAGCUUAAGAUUCGAUGAUCAGUUUGAUGAGACUGAGCUUGGGAUUGGAAUUAAAGGAACUGUUGGACUUAUAGGACAUCAACCAGAACUAGAACCCCAGCAGGAUAUUCAACCUCCAGAUCAAUUACUUGAUGAAGAGAACGUUGAAGAACUGAACAUAAUUUCAAGCUUCACAUUCAGAACACUUCCGGUCUAAAAAUAAUGUCUAAAUCAAUUGAUCAAGUCAAAUAAUCGAUCAUGAGUGAAUAUUGAUACAGCUACAAAAUCGAUCAUGGGUUCAGUGAAUAUUGAUACAGCUACAAAAUCGAUCAUGGGUUCAGUGAAUAUUGAUACAGUUACAAAAUCGAUCAUGGGUUCAGUGAAAAUUGAUACAGCUACAAAAUCGAUCAUGGGUUCAGUGAAUAUUGAUACAGUUACAAAAUCGAUCAUGGGUUCAGUGAAUAUUGAUACAGCUACAAAAUCGAUCAUGGGUUCAGUGAAUAUUGAUACAGCUACAAAAUCGAUCAUGGGUUCAGUGAAUAUUGAUACAGCUACAAAAUCGAUCAUGGGUUCAGUGAAUAUUGAUACAGCUA